CGCGGCGUUUCUGCUGCAUUGUUUCCAUUUUCGGAGAAACAGUGGAACUGCUGCUGGAGAAAAGUCUCAAGUCUCGACUCGGCGACGGCGAGGAAGCGUUCCGGAAAAUCGAGAUCGCUGUCCCGACAAAGAACUCAACCUCAUUUGCGGUUUCUUUAUGUCUCUCUCUCUUCCAACUUCUCGCCAUUGUUCCACGUCUUUUUUGUUCGCUGAAAAGAAAGGCGUCUUUUCGCGAAGAGACACAGCAGACUCGCGGGCACCGAAACUCGCCGUUUUCGUCUCUGUUUUCCCCUCUCUCUUCCUGCUCUUUCUGCGCUACCGUACCAUCUCCUUCCUUCCCCUUCUUCCACCUCGUUUCUCUCCUCCUUUUCCUUUCUCUUUCUCUCCUCUGCUCUCCUUCUCUGUCUGUCCUGUCGUUCUCCCUCGCGUCCUCAAGAUGUAUGCUUCGUACGACGUGGAGGCCGGCUUGCCGGCCUCCUACGAGAUGAACGAGAAGGUCGCGAGAGAGAUUCGCUUCGCGUUCGUCCGAAAAGUUUUCGGAAUUAUUUCUUUCCAACUCGCGGUCACCUUUGCUGUCUCCGUUCUCUUCACCGCCCACCAUGCGACGCGACAGUGGGUGCAGACGAACGGCGACAGCCUGUUGCUUCUGGGCGGCCUUUCGGGGAUCGCUGUGCUGCUCGCGAUGACAUGCAAUCCUGGCAUCACGCGGCGCUACCCCCACAACUACUUUCUUCUCUUCUUCUUCACUCUCUGCGAAUCCGUCUGCGUCGGAGCUGUGUGCACCUUCUACGAUCCGGCAGUCGUCCUGCAAGCUCUCCUCGCCACGACCGUCAUCGUUGCAGGCCUUACCCUGUUUGCAUUCCAGACGGACUACGACUUCACCUCUUGGCUGGGGGCGGCUUCGUUCUUCUUCUGGGGUGUCUUCGCGCUCGGCCUUCUUCGAGUCCUUUUCUGGCGCGCGGUGUGGUUCCAGAUCGUUGCGUGCGUCCUCUUCGCUGGGGUGUACGGGGUGUACAUCCUCAUUGACAUGCAUCUGCUGAUCAAGCGAGGAAGAAUUUCUUUCGACGAAGACGACUACAUUUUCGCAGCUCUCUGUCUCUACGUGGACAUCGUUGGCCUCUUCCUCGAGUUGCUUCGCCUCCUUGCCAUCCUCGGCGGCUCUGAAGGUCGAGACUAAAUCCGCAGUUCUCGUUUCCGAAAACAUCGAGAAAGAUUCCGCGUUCACGACCUUGCCAAGCAGCGCCUCUACAUGUCUCGCUUCCGGAACGCCUCUACGUAUUCCGAACAAUCCCGAACAUAUGCGCAUGCAUCUCGAGGUGUGGGUCUCUGCGUAGAUGCGUACGUACAAAUAGACAUCUAUGCUUAUGUCUAUGCCUCUAAGUAUAUGUAUAUAUAUACAUACAGAUCUUUAUCUAUAUAUAUAUAUAUAUGCGGACGUAUGUUUUUGAAUGCAUACCUACAUGUGUAUGCCUUCGAUGUUUUGAAGGACAUAACGCCACACAGGCACAAGUGUGCAGAGUUUUCAAGUUCUCGUUUUCACGACCAGGUAAAACUCGAGUUCGGGGGAGGUCUUGCCGCGGCCGUCGAGGAGAGCAAAGACGAAGAACAUGAGAAAAAAAGGAUGGACGGCGCGCAUGCACUUGCAGGGUGCUUGAAUCAAAAUAUAUUCUGCUCGCAGAUCCAUUGCUGUCAUGAGACAUGGACGAUCGUCAAGUUCAUCCCAUAUACAUAUUUAUGCACAGACGGUGGAACUCUGUAGAUGUACAUAUUCGCUUACAGACAUUCAGGCAUCUCUGUGUGCACUCAAAUGCGAAUGUAUAUCUUUAUAUAUAUACAACUGCAUCUGCCAAUCUAUCUGUAAAGCCAUGUAUUUAUUAUCUAUCUGUCUAUAUCUAUAUAUCUAUAUCUAUAUAUAUAUAUAUAUAUAUAUGCACACAUUUUUACGUGUGUAUAUGAAUGGGCGUCUGUUUGGGGUCAGGACGGCGACGGUCUACGCAGAAGCAAAUAUAGAGGGAACAAUGGCGAAGCGGUAAAUGAAACGCUUCGUCUGUGAGAGCGUUGCGUUCUGCGUUUCCCCUAUGCAACUUGGAGUGUAAUCCUGAGUUUUCGCCUUGGAGUCGAGCUGAACAGAGUGUAUGUACACCGCAUGUGCAUGCAGCUGGGAGGGACACCCCGUGUUGAGGGCAGAGAGUCAAAGAGAUGUUGCGCGGCAUUCGCCUGUUUACAGUCUUCUGCAGAACAUGCGUUUGCGCCGCUUUGCCACCUUUUCUGUCUCAAAUCCGUCGCGCAUGCGUCUCGUUUCCAUUUCAAAAAAGCGAGUUCGCAAGUGGUCUGCCUGUGUGCCCCGCGGGGCUGAGGUGUACAUACACCCGAAAUCGUGCCCCCCUUGGUUCUAGUCGUUUUUCGUCGCAAGCAGGCGAGACUCGGGGAGAUGUUUCCACGC